ACAACAAAAUUGACUAAAAUCAGAAUGUCAAUGUCAAAUUGACAAAAGCAAAAUGAAUAUUGACGAAAAUGAUUCAUAUAUAGUUAACUCCACAUCAAACCCACUCGAUUCGUAAAAAGGAAGUUGUGCAUGUCUAAUUCUGAACAAAGCGAAAGCGACUUUGAGGCCGUGUCUGAAAAAUCUAGACUUAUGGACGGCCAUGUUGCUGCUUCACACGGUGGAAAUUCAUCAACAGACAUAGGUCAUGGACAAGAUAUUCCUAGAAAGCGAAAUAGAUCUUCUGAACAUUAUGGACAAAGAGAAGACUGUGGCAAUUCCCCAGAUGAGGGACAGAGUGAUUAUGUUAUCCGAAAUGUAGUGGCUCCUUGUCCUGUACAUGAUGAAGAGGAAGAGGAGUUAAAAUAUGGAGCCAAACAUGUAAUUAAGUUAUUUGCUCCUGUGUCGCUAUGUAUGCUAGUUGUUGUGGCUACUAUCAGUACGGUCCAUUUUUACUCUAUUAAGGAUUUGUAUCUGGUAUACACACCUUUUCACGAAGAAAGUUCAGAAAUAAGUACAAAAGCAUGGAAUGCUGCCGCUAAUGCUAUGAUUUUGAUGGCCGUUAUAGUUUUGAUGACUGUACUUCUUAUUGUUUUAUACAAAUAUCGAUGUUACAAAAUUAUACAUGCAUGGCUAAUUAUUUCAUCUUUAUUGCUGUUGUCUAUAUUCUCGUAUUUAUAUUUGGAGGAGAUUUUAAGAGCUUAUAACAUUCCAAUGGAUUACAUCACAUUAGUCCUAUUUAUGUGGAAUUUCGGAGUUAUGGGAAUGAUAGUUAUACACUGGCAAGGACCUUUAGUAUUACAACAAGCAUAUUUAAUAUUUGUAGCAGCUCUAAUGGCACUUGUGUUUAUCAAGUAUUUACCAGAAUGGACAACAUGGGUUGUAUUGGCUGUCAUUUCUGUUUGGGAUUUGGUAGCUGUUUUAAUGCCAAAAGGUCCUUUAAGAAUUCUAGUGGAGACUGCACAAGAAAGGAAUGAACAAAUUUUUCCUGCUUUAAUUUAUUCUUCUACAUAUAUGUAUACUUAUACAAGUAUGAUGGCGACAGGAGAAGAAGUUCCAAAUGUGAAUAGAUCAAAUAGUGAAGAUAAUGGAUUUACACAAGAUUGGGUAGAUAAUCAUACCAACAGGGUUGCUCAAAGACAGUUGGAGGUUACUAGUACACCAAGUGGCCAACCACGCACGCAAGUCAUACAAGAAGAAGAAGAAAGAGGAGUCAAGUUAGGCUUAGGAGAUUUUAUAUUCUACAGUGUUCUAGUUGGAAAGGCUUCAUCAUAUGGUGAUUGGAACACAACUUUGGCUUGUUUUGUUGCCAUUUUAAUUGGACUGUGCUUGACACUCCUUCUACUAGCUAUAUUCAAGAAGGCUCUACCAGCAUUACCAAUUUCCAUCACUUUCGGACUAAUAUUUUACUUUGCAACCAAAGAAAUCGUUAGUCCAUUUACAGAUAGUUUGGCGGACAAACAAAUAUUUAUAUGAGUGAUGCGUUCCGUUUUUUAUUAUACUUAUUAUACUUUGUACUACUUUAAAAACAACUUUCAGCACAUUCUUUAUAAUUUUCGUGCCAAAGAAAAGCACCUAGGUAUCUGCUGAAAGCUGCAGAUUUAUUCAAGAUUCAAUUAAUUAUAUAUACCAUCUAUAUACACAAAGAAAAUGUGAUAUCAAACGAGUACCAAUAUCACCCAUAACCACAUUUAUUUACCCAAAUAUUAGUACUGAUCUCGUCUGUCAUUCAGUAGGCAUAUUCAGUAUCUUAAUAAAUGCAGAAAGUUCACUAGGUACAUGUUAUAUUUUGCUCAUUAUUAGAAAAGAAAAACAUGAUACAUUUUUAAAUGCAGAUGCAAUGUAUAAAAAUGAACAUAAAACUAAAAUUGUGAAAACAAAAUGGUUAUACCACAUAGAUAAUGUACAUCCAAAAAGCUGCUACCUCCCAUUUUGAAAUUUUCUAAGAAAACAAUUUUGACGAAAUUGACUCAAAAUGUGCUAUCAUGUGCCAAGAUAUUAGAAAAUGUAUCUUAUUUUGACACAUUUCAUCGCAAAUAAUAUAUGGCGGGUGCAACUUUUUCAACCUAGUUAAGCAUAAAAUAACAGUUGUCCAUUCAAUAUAUGAUUCUGAAGACUA